AAGUACGAUUGAGACCGCGCGGUGCAACACCGAACAGGGUCAAAAAAUGGCUGAAAAAAUGCUUUUCUAGUGGAAUUAGGAAUGGCCGAGGCUGUGCGCUCGACCGAUCAAAGUUGUGUUGGUUUUCAGUUGCAACUUGAUAGAAGUAACAGCAAAUCCCACGACAUGGAUCGCUCGUCAAACUCCUCAAUGGAAGCCAAAGAACCYGAAGCGUCUUUUUCACAUUUUUCUGGCUUAGAAGCGUUAAAUCCACAGAAGAGAGAACUUCUAGAGGCGAGAUUUUCAGCUCCAAGGCCUUUCAAUCAAGACUCUCAAAGCAAUGCAUCAUCAGUUGGCAGUGAAAAGGAUAUUGAUCCAGCAACACCAGGAAGUAGGUCUGACAAGUAUGGAGGACGAAAGAGAAAGGCGCCUGUAGAAGGUGACUCGCCAGGUGUGUCCAAAAGUGGGCGUCCAGAUCCACAGAAUGUAAAAAUAACAGAGUUUUUCAAGCAAAGUGACAUGCCUCAUCCAAGAACCAGAAGUCCCCAAAAUCUUCUGCCAUCUUUCAAUUCAUUGUGUAAGAUUGAAAGUAACAUGUCUGGAAGUCAAAUGUCAGUUGGACAGCUAAACAACCAGAAUAGUGCUAUGCACACAUUCAAAGAGGAUGAUAUUGAGUGCAUUAGUGUCCAUGAAGCUUGCCAGACAACUUUGACAUCAUCAACAAUCAAGGAAAUGGAAGAACAGUUAUCGUCAGGAGUUCACUCUUCUCAAAAGAAGGACAGUACCAUUGAAGAACUCAAAGCUGGUAUUGAAGAUUACAAACAACAAUAUGAAAAACAAAAGCUUUUGAAUACAAAAAUGGAAGCCAGUCUCAAAAAGUGUAUGACUGUCAACAAGGAACUGUUGGUGUCUGCAUCAAUUAAAGAGAAGAAAGAGGUGCGACAUCGAUGCAGGAAAAACAAGUUCAGAUUGGGGCAGUUUAUACCAAUGAGGCAAGGGGCACACUACAAUGAGUCUUGGAAGGAUGGUCAUGCUUUUAAAGAGCUCAAUGAGCAACAAGAGAAACUAAAUCAGCAAAAAGAAGAACUUGAGAAACAGAAAAAACUUUUAUUGAAGAAAAAACCCGGAAACUCAGCAAGCAAAGAAAAGAAGUCAUCAAAAAUUGCUACUGCAAAUGAUAGUGACUCUUUUCAGAGACCUGUGUCACCCAUCUUAUCACCAAGUGAAUACUAUGAAAGAGAAGAAAUAUUGAAACUCAGAGCAGCAGCUCUUAAAAAGGAAGAAUCAGAUUUACAACUUGAAAUGGAUAAACUUGAUAAACAGAGAAACCUGCAUAUCAGAGAGACCAAACGAAUACAUAAUGAGGAUGAGUCCAGAUUUAACAAUAAUCCUCAACUUAAUGGAAGAUAUUUACUACUGAAUUUACUUGGUAAAGGAGGAUUCAGUGAAGUUUAUAAGGGUUACGACUUGUUUGAACACCAGUAUGUGGCCUGUAAAAUUCACCAACUUGUGAAAGAAUGGAAAGAAGAAAAAAAGAAAAAUUAUAUAAAACACUCAGUCAGAGAAUAUAAUAUACAUAAGACACUUAACCACCCUAGAAUAGUUCGACUUUUUGAUGUCUUUGAAAUUGAUAAUGACACGUUUUGUACUGUAAUGGAAUAUUGUGAUGGUCAAGACUUGGAUUUCUUACUUAAGCAACAUAAAAUAGUUCCAGAAAGAGAAGCAAAAUCUAUAAUAAUGCAGAUGGUYAGUGCRCUGAAAUAUCUCAAUGAAAUUAAACCACCUGUAAUACAUUACGACCUCAAACCAGGUAACAUAUUAUUAGUAGGCAAAGGAGCUCUGAGUGGAGAGGUUAAAGUCACAGAUUUUGGGCUCAGUAAAAUAUUUGAGAGUGAUGAGGACGGAAGUAUGGAACUAACAUCACAAGGAGCAGGAACAUAYUGGUACCUCCCCCCUGAGUGCUUUGAAAUUGGCAAGCAGCCUCCUAAAAUCUCUUCCAAGGUUGAUGUCUGGUCYGUUGGUGUUAUUUUUUAUCAAAUGUUAUUUGGCAAAAGGCCAUUUGGACAUGACCAAACGCAAGCUUCAAUUCUAGAAAAUCGUACAAUACUUAGGGCAAAGGAAGUGGAAUUCCCCAACAAACCAGCCAUUAGCAAUGAAGCGAAGAACUUCAUUCGUAAAUGUUUAUGCUAUCGAAAAGAAGACCGAGUCGAUGUCUUGUCACUUAGUGAAGACGGCUAUCUCAAACCUCCCAGUAAAAAGUCUUCGUCUACYUCACAGAACCCACAAAGCAGUUAUACUUAGUGUACAUAGUACAAUAGAAAAGUAAACUUUAGYAUAGAGGCGACAGAUUGCAUCAAAAGUCUGUCUAAAGUAGUACUUUUACGGACAAAUAAAAAAUCGACAAAUAUAACCUUGGUAAAAAGUUAUAUUUGUUGUGUGGACGUUAGAUGUAAACGCUCAAUAAGAAGUCGUUUACRAUUUCAGCUCYACGUUUAUACURAAAUUUUGCUAACRCCACGUUUUGUAUGGAUAGUUGUCUCUUGUAGCAGAAUUGUUACGCGUUAGACGAGGUAACGGCCCAUUUCAUACGUCGUGUUUCAGGCGUUCCAAAUUUUAGUCAAACGAAAUAACUGCAUGGAAUAUAAGUGCCUAAUUUACUUUUCAAAAUGUUUUGAUCUGGUAUUCUUACAUCUUUGAGCAUCUUUCAAAGGCAUAGUUUAUCAAAUCAGUAAAUAUUUUUUAUAACUUCAAAUCAUUCGAAAACUACUAUUGCAAAUUUGAACGUAAGUCCUAUUUCAAUUUUUCAUUCUGAGCUGUUGAAUUUGUUUCAAACGUCGCCUUAUACAUCCACUCAGAUAUGAGAUACGGCGUUUGAACUGGGUCAUAAAGUCUCGUGCAGACAUUUUCUACAACUGAUUGAUGAACGUUUAGAACUCAGCUAGAAAAAUCACCCUUCUGUUAUACACAGAGAGCGACCUUCUCGCUAUCGUGCACUGGGGGACUCUGUUAUAAAGACAACAUUUCCCGUAAUCAGGCACUUAAAUCCUACGAGAGAAAACUCAAGCUGUUGACAGCAUGUUUUUGCUUUAAGUGAAGACCAGUGAAUUAAAAUCUAUUAGGAAAAGUACAUAGUUAUGUUAUUAAAAAAGACAAGAAAGCAUCUGUACAAUAUUUGAAUAAAAAAAGGUAUGCUUUUA